ACCAACAUAGACAGUGACGUGGACAUGACGUCAUCUGACGUGGAACAAAUCUCAUUGGUCAAACAUCUUCUGUCUUUGUGGUACCUCGUGGUCAUCGUAGCCACGCCCCUCGUCUUUCUGCCCAUAUUUCUUUCGGUCGAUGAAAAGUACCAGAGGCAGGCGAGAUGCGGUUACGCUAUAGCCGUCAUGGCCAUCUACUGGACGACGGAGGCGCUGCCUAUCGCCGUGACGUCAUUGGCGCCUGUUGUUCUCCUACCUGCCCUGGGUGUCAUGUCUGCCAGGGAGACGUCUGCUGCUUAUUUUAAUGAUACUUCCAUGUUGUUUAUGGGUGGCCUUCUGGUUGCCAUAGCAAUAGAAACGUGGAAUGUUCACAAAAGAAUCGCUCUGUUGGUGUUGAAGGUGGUUGGUGCUGAACCAAAAUGUCUUCUCUUCGGCAUCUGUAUGGUCACGUGGUUCCUGUCCAUGUGGAUCUCCAACACGGCCACGACGGCCAUGAUGAUGACCAUCGUCCAGGCCUUGCUGCAGCAGUUCAAGGACAUGAACAACAAUGAGCAGAAGAUAAACGCCAACAGCGUCGUAAGCAGGCGUGACUCUACUUCACCUGAGGCACUCAAGCAAAGACACGACCAAGAACGAGCGGACGCCGAGUUUCUGAGACUGAGCAAGGCGCUGUCUCUGACCGUGGCCUACUCGGCCAACAUUGGAGGCAUCGGCAGUCUGACAGGGACUGGACCUAACCUUGUCCUGUUUGCUGCGGCCCAGAAAGUGUUUGAAGAGGUUGGCCUGAAAUCACCUGUGACGUUUAGCACCUGGCUCAUCUACGGGUUUCCCCUCUCUUUGCUUGUGGUGCUGGUGAUGUGGUGCUGGAUGGUGGUCGUCUUUUUACGCUGCAAAGGAGGGUGUCUGUGUUGUUGCUGUGCUCCAGAAGCCAACAAGAAAAAACUGGAGAAGGUCAACGCCAUGAUCAGAGAUGAGUACAACAACUUGGGUCCUAUCACAUAUGCCCAAGGCACAGUGUUGGUAACGUUCAUGCUGCUUGUUGUUGCUUGGAUCACUCGGGAUCUCGGUGGUGCUGGUGGAUGGGCGGAUUGGUUUCCUCCUGGUUUGAGCGACUCAACGCCAUCCUUGUUGUUCGGUAUCCUGAUGUUUGUGUUGCCGUCAACGCCCCCUGUUGUCAUCUCAAGAAAACAUAACCCAGCGACUUACAGAAAGGUGACGCCCCUGCUGAAGUGGAGCCACGUCCAUGAAAAAAUGCCCUGGUCUCUGUACCUCCUGCUGGGGGGUGGAUACUCUAUUGCCCAGGCUGCCACGGUGUCCGGGUUGUCCACCUGGCUAGGUGAGCAGCUGCUUGUGUUCCAGUCACUCAACCAGUGGGUUGUCCUGCUCAUCAUCUCCUACAUCGUGUGUUUCGCUACUGAGGUCACCAGCAACACGGCGAUGGCUACCCUUAUGAUGCCUAUCCUAGCGCAAAUGUCCAUCAGCCUAGGAGUCAACCCUCUGUUUUUCAUGUAUCCUGCCGCCAUUGCUACGUCAUUCGCCUUCAUGUUGCCCGUGGCAACCCCACCCAACGCCAUCGUCUUUGCCAGUGGUACGGUCCGUGUUAUAGACAUGGUGACCAGUGGUUUUAUCCUGAAUGUUUUGUGUGUGCCGAUUCUUGUUUUUGCUACAGCCACUUGGGGCAACGCCUUCUUCCAGUUUGACCAAGUGCCAAAAGAGUUUCUAAGAAACGUAACUCACCCCACAAUACAUUCAAUAUAACUAAACCGUGUCGGUCAUCUCCCUUUUGGCCGCUGAAGCAAAUGAAGGUGGUGCGGAAGGGGGGGGGUACUAAAUUUUGUAACAAAGAAUGGUGUGGGGCAUAUUGUUGUAGUAUACUUAUUUUAUUCAAAUCUUAUUCAAUUAGUUUAAAACUGUAAGUAUUGUAAUUGUAAGUAUUGCUGCAAAACAAAACAAACUUUUCCUACUAAUUUUGCUACUUACUUGAAAUGGUUGCUCAAAAGCCAAUUUGUGCAUAUUACUAUGACACGUUUUAUAUUUCAAAUAAAGAAUAAUACUAAAGUGCGUUAAAAAAAUUAUAAAAAAGCUUAUUUGAUAAGUUCCUUAACCCUAGAACUGUCAAGUGCAUUUCUUAUUUUACUGUAUAAAAAUGUGCUUCUGUAUCACGUUUUAAUGUAAUUUAAGAUGUACCUGUAGAUAUGUAUGCUAAAUCUGUGUCUUCACAAUUUAUAAAACUUCAUUAUCAUUUUUUUUUUAAAAUUUACAUGCAUUGUAAAUUUUUUCA